AUGCCCGAAAAGCUUAUCUUGUUCGAUAUCCCCGAUCGGAACGGGACCUCUCGACUGACCCUCAACUACAAAGGCAUCGACUACAAGACGGAAUGGCUCGAGUAUCCCGACAUCGAGCCUAGGCUCAAGCCAACCGGCUUGGAAGGUGACCCGAACCAGAUCAAGCCUUACACGUGUCCCACUGUGCAAUUCCCUGAUGGCACAUACAUCAUGAACAGCGCCAAGAUCAUCAAGCGCAUCGAGACAGACUACCCUGAGCCGCCGCUCUACAUUGACUCAGAGGUGCUCCAGCCCAUGUACGAUCUUCUUAGCAAGACCUUUGGAGCUCUUGUUGCUGUCCUCUUGCCCAAUGUCCCCCGUAAAAUGUUGGGCGAGUAUAGCGCGGAGUACUUCCAUCGAACUAGGGCGGAGAUGUUUGGGGUCUCGCUGGAUGAGCUUGAGAAAACCAAGGGAGGGGAUGAAGCCUGGGCGAAUGCCAAAGAGCCACUGGAGGAGCUCGCGAAUCUUCUAAAUAAGACGGAUGGCCCGUACUUCCUCGGUAACAAGGUAUCUUACACGGACUUCGUCUUCGUUGGAUUUCUAUACUUUGUCAAGCGAGCUGGCGAGGAACAUUAUCAACGUGUCGUGCAACAUUCUGAGUCUUUUGACAAGAUUUACAAGGCUUGCGAGAAGUGGUUGGGGCGCAAUGACCAUUGA